AUGUAUUUAGAUUGUGGAGUUAUGGCCAUUUUAGAUAUUGGUUUACCAUUGUGUAUUGAACAAGACCAUACUUCAUUAGAAUUAGAAUUUCUAUUUUCGGGAUCAUCAAUAACUUUAACAUUUGAGAAACAUUAUAAAGUCAUGAGAACUGUAGAAAAUGUAUAA